AUGUUAUUUGCUAAUGAUAUCGUGUUGGUAGUAGAAACUAAGGAGGAAGUUAAUAAUAAAUUGGAAGAGUGGAGGACAAUUUUAGAAGGUGGAGGGUUGCGCAUAAGUCGUACGAUGACAGAAUAUUUGCAAUGCGACUUAAGUGAGACAUUGCCGAUAGAGGAGCUGGAGGUGUCCAUUUAUGAAAAAGUUGUUUCAUGUACGACCAAGUUUAAGUAUUUAGGAUUGAUUAUUCAAAGUAAUAGGGAGAUUGAUAGAGAGGUCACUCAUCGAAUACAAGUGAAGUUUCAAAAUCUUUCUCUAGCCAAAGGAAUCUUUGGCCGCAUUCUCCUUUAUUAG